AUGGCUUCAGGUGGAUCGGGCGGAUCGGCCCGUGCUGAACCUUCAGCAUCUUCGUCCACAUCGGAGUUACAGUCGGCAUACAAUGACCUGCGGCGGCUGAUCCCGGCGCUGGCUGCGGAGCUUGAUCAGCUGCGUGCGGCACUGCGGGAGCACAAUCUGUGGCUUCAGCGCUAUGGGCACACGGCGCGCGCAGAUACAGCAGCUGACCCGUCUGCCCCUCCAGCGACUGCGUCGGGUACGGGAGCAUCAACCACAGACCCGGAGCUGCCGGCGUACUCUGCCUCGGAUGUCCCGCCCUAUACUGGUGGCCCCAACUCAGUCACGGCCUCGACGUCAACCCGGGAAGAGGUGCAGCAACGCCGCGAUCAGCUGAUCGAGUGGCUCGGGGAAGGCGAGGAUACGCUGAGAGAGUACUCGGCUAGGUUCGCACAACUAGGCCAAGACCUGGAGAUGCCUCCUGAGGACUUAUUGGGCACAUGGAAUGAAGCUAGCCCGGACAACGCAUUGCCGGACUAUGAGAGGAUUGAAACGAACGAAGAGCUCAUGGUGGGUGGGGUUGGGGAAGUUCCGCCGCCGUAUGUGAGAGGGCAAGCAAUGUCCAAGGGACAGGACCACUGA